AUCGCCUUGGAGCGAGCUGCCUCCCUCCCUCAGCGUCUGUCUGCCAAGAUGCCUGACAGUCUGAUCCCCAAGAAGAACCGGAAGGUCAUCUACGAGUACCUCUUCAGAGGUGAAGAAAGGAGGGGAGGGUGAAGGGAAGUAGGUCGACAAUCGGGGGUUGGCUGGUUGUGUAUGUCUGUGUGUCUGUGUGUGUGUGUGUGUCGUGGUUGGCUGGUUCGGUGCAGAGGGUGUGGUGGUGGUCAAGAAGGACCCGAAGCAGUCGGAGCAUCCUGACAUCGCCGGCGUGCCCAACCUGCACGUCAUGAUGGCACUCAGGUCACUCAAGUCGAGGGCUUACGUCGACGAAAAGUUCAACUGGUCAGCCACACACACACACAGCACCUCUCCCCCUCCCCCUCCCCCGCUCACUCACUCAGGGAUGCUCACCUGUUCGUUCGUUCCGGUUGUGUCUGUCGUGGGGUGCGCAGGCUUCACCACUACUAUUAUUUGACCAACGAGGGCAUCGAGUACCUCCGCGACUACUUGCAUCUGCCCGCCAGCAUCUUCCCCAACACCCUCACCAAGCAGCGACCCUCACGACCCGCCGGAGCCGGUCGAGGCGAAAUGGGCGGCCCGCGCGACAAGGGAGACUUUGAACGGGGACCUUACGUAAGCAAGCCACCAGACAACACCAGACGAGUAAUAGUGAGAUGGGUCUGUUUGUGUGCCGUGUGUGUGUAUCAGGGUGGCGAUCGCCCUCGUGGAUUUGGACGCGGGCGCGGCGGGCCACGAUUCGACUCGUGAACGCCCCUCAUCAACACGGCACUCCCUACCGCUUCUCACUGUUGAUGAGGGGCGGGAAGGAAGGAGUGUUGGGUGUGGUGUGAGCGAUGCGGUGGUCAGCGCGGCGACUGUGGGGAUCGUUGCGUGCGUGAGCUUGUGCGGGUGAUGCAUCC